AGUUUUUCUAAUUUUAAAAUUCAAAAUGUUGCGGUUAAGAAAGUUGAAAAUAAGCCCGAAAAGGAUUUUCAUGGGCUUGUUCCCGAUCAUCCAAUGGUCGAAGACAUACAGCAGCGAAAAGGCGAUUGGGGACUUAAUAGCCGGUAUAACUAUCGCACUUACAUUGAUACCACAGUCUAUUGCAUACGCUUCGCUUGCCGGAUUUGAACCUCAGUAUGGCCUGUACUCCUCAUUUAUGGGACCAUUCAUAUACGCUUUCAUGGGAACAUGUGCGCAAGUGAACUUGGGGCCUUCAGCGCUGUUGUCGCUCCUCACAUUUACCUACACAAAUGGAACUAAUGCUGAUUUUGCAAUGCUCCUUGCUUUCUUUUCUGGCAUUGUACAACUGGUUGCCGGAACUGCUCAACUUGGUUUCCUGGUUGAGUUUAUAUCGGUACCAGUGGUAUCAGGAUUCACAUCAGCCGCAGCCCUUACUAUAGCGUCAUCCCAAAUCAAAGGCCUGCUCGGGCUUAAUUUCAGCGCCGAUACUUUUAUAUCAACUUGGCGUAAUUUCUUUUUGCACGUCAAAGAAGUACGUCUCAAUGAUACCAUGCUCAGUUUAGGAUGCUGCAUUAUGUUACAAGGAAUGAAGAUUUUAAAAGACGUCAAAAUAAAAACGAAGGGCGACGAUGAAAAGGGUCAUAAAAAGGCUUUGGUCAUGCAAAGAGCACUUUGGUUUGUCGGUGUUGCGAGAAACGCGACUGUGGUAGCCCUGGCUACUGUGACAGCAUAUCUCGCUUAUGAAGAUACUAGUAACCCGUUUCUUCUCACUGGUGAUAUAACACCCGGUUUGCCUGCCGUACGACCUCCGCCAUUCCAGACGACCGUCGGCAACACUACCUACACAGCUGGUGAAAUGAUUUCACAUCUUGGCACUGGACUUAUAGUUGUACCUCUUGUUGGUAUUCUGGGAAACAUUGCUAUUGCUAAGGCUUUUGCCCAGGGAAAACCCGUGGACGCCACUCAAGAAAUCAUUGCCUUAGGUGUGUGCAACUUGGUCAGCUCGUUCUUCCAGUCAAUUCCAGUGAACGGAUCUUUUUCAAGAAGCGCUGUAAGUAACGCUUCAGGAGUCAAGACGCCUGGAUCUGGAAUUUAUACGGGCAUAUUGGUGAUAUUAACCUUAGUGUUACUGACACCAUUCUUCUACUUCAUACCCCGAUCCGCAUUAGCUUCGGUCAUAGUGUGCGCUGUGCUACAAAUGGUGGAUUAUGAGAUAGUCAAGAAACUUUGGAAGCACAGUAAACUGGACAUCAUCACAUUGCUCGGAACGUUCUUGUGUUGCCUGUUUCUGGGGAUAGAGAUUGGUUUGCUUUGCGGAGUGGGCAUUGAUGCGGUCUUACUGCUGUAUUACCACUCUCGCCCACCGCUGGAUGUUCAAUAUAUUGAUAACGGUUCUUUCCCCGCUCACUUCGCGAUCCACCCGGUGGGCGGGCUUCACUUCGCGGGCGCCGAGCGCGUCCGCUCCAAGCUGCUCUCGCUGCAGCAGCCGCGCGCCGCACUCACUACGACCGCUGACGGCGAGGCAGCCACACACACUCCACAAGCCACAACUACUGCAUCAACUAGAAUACUUGUGGUCUACUGCGAUGCGUUAUACAGAUUUGAUUAUACGUUUUUACAGGGUAUUAAAAUGUUAGUAUUAGACUGGUCGAAAACCGGCCGUGUGAUAUGGUGCGAUGCAAAGGAUACGAUCAAACAUCAACUCACAGGCGUGCUGCCUGAUCCCAUAUUCUGUGAAAAGAGCCAGCUGAGAGCCCAUAUGAUUCCAGGCGAGUCGCAGUCAACGGCCUAGUAUUAGUUCCUAUUUAAGUGAUACAUUGUCUUGAGUUAUUUUAACAUUUAGUGAUCAGUGCAAGGGUCAAAGGCCUUUAAAGGAAAGUCUCUUUAUUGAGAAAGGUUUGAUAACUGCUGCGUAUGAAGGAAGCCGGUAAGGCCACUCAUAUACGGAUUCUUUGAGUAGUUAGCCAGUGAUUGCUUAUAGUGUAAAAAUAGAUUUUAAUUUGUGUGUGUCCAUCAAAUAAGUAUAAGCGCUUGAAAACUAUUAAUUAUUUUUUGUACAUAAUAACAAUAUUUAGAAUAGUUGAUACUAUACGUAGACAUGUUGGAAUAUUAAAACGGUUGUUAGUUUAUGAUAGUUUUUGAAAUAGUAGAUUUAUGUUGACUGUUGACAAAUUGUGGAAUAUUGCAUUUUACCGUAUGUUUUUGUGUUUGUGCACU